UCAGGAGUGGAAAAUAUGCAAGUGACCCUUGCAUGCCAAGCAGCUCAGAAAAAUGCCUUGAUGGUGGCUGUCCAACAGGCAUCCUUCUAUCACACGCCCUGGUGGGGCUGUCCUGCUGAUGUGAAGGAAAUAACUUCAGAUCUGAGAAAUUAUGGUGGAAUGGGUCCAGCCAGAAGAAGAAAUUCCAGAAUUGUGAAUGGCAUAGAGAACUUACUGUUAGCCCCAACUCCAAAAGUGCCAGACACCCUUACUCAUCCUUCAGAAAGAUUCCAGCCUACCAAAAGGGCUCCGGAGGCUUUUGUGUCUAUUCAACUAGAAAAGGUGGGGCUGCGGGACAUGAUGCUGAACACCUUCCUCCUCAGGAAACAAACCAUGGCCAACAGAAUGAAGAGCCUUGAUGAAAUUGGUAAAGUCAAGAGAGACGUUAUAGUUGAAUAUUGUCAGAAGUUCAACUGCUGUAUGUCUCACUAUGCUCUUCGUGGUCAGAUUAUGGCAUACUGCAAUAGCCUGAGAGCCCUGCUGGAAGAUUUCCCUACCAUCAGGGACACCUUUUUCAUGGUGGGGCAACCACAAGAAAAGAAAGGGUUGAGAGACUCCAAGGAGGGCCUCAAGGCUGACCCCAGGUGUGUAAUUUCCUUUAGAGCUUUUUACUCCCCCUCCAUACCCUACUCCUCCUAGGGAAGAGGGAGGAGGCAUGUUAAAUUUCGUAUGGGAAUCUUGCUUUCUUUACUGCAUUUGACCUUGAUCUUCUGGUUCAGAAGGGCAAAAGAAAGAGCUAACACUCUAAGAAUAACACUAUCUUUGUAUUUGAACCCAGAAGAGGUUCUUUGUUUAUGGGCUGUUUCACUGCUUUUUUAAUCUAUGCAGUUUUGUUUUCUCCUGGAGAGUCCAGAGAUUUCCAUCAGUCACACCCUUUUACAUAAGCCGGCAUCUAAAAUAAGCAAACAAAUAAGUAAACUUGAUCUUGAGCUGUCCUGACUUCAAAUAUUUUACUCAAUGGAGCAGAAGAAAUAAGAAACACACACACACACACACAUUGAUGUACCAGUGCCUUAGAUAAAUCUGCCCUUCUGUAUUUCUCUGGCAGAGGAAAAAAAAUACAUGUAGAGUGAUAUUACGUGAUAAGAGCAGAGCUGCUUCCAUAUUUCCUUAUCAUGCCUUAUCCAGUUUUCCAAUGUUCUUAACUCAACCUGCCUGGAGUUCACUCACCUAGAUGGAGGAGUUAGCAUACCUGUGCAGUCAGCGACCACGUUUCCUUUAAAAAAGAAGAAAGAAAGAAAGAAAGAAAGGAAGGAAGGAAGGAAGGAAGGAAGGAAGGAAGGAAGGAAGGAAGGAAGGAAGGAAAGAAAGAAAGAAAGAAAGAAAGAAAGAAAGAAAGAAAGAAAGAAAGAAAGAAAGAAAGAAAGAAAGAAAGAAAGAAAGAAAAAGAAAGAAAGAAAGAAAGAAGGGAUGUUACACAGUUCUGCAGUCUCCAAGGGGGAGCAAAAACAUCCUGCAGGGUGAGCUUACUUUCCUCCUAAGGUACAGAGCUUAGUGUUGAGUAAUAGUAAUACUCAAUAAAUAUGAUCAUAGAACAGAUGGAUGAAAGUGAAUUGAAAGACCAUAUGUAUCAGACCACUCAUUCACUCACUUAUUCAUUCAUGCAUUAUUCAACCAGCAUUUAUUUAGUGCUUACUUAAUACCAGGCACUUUGCUAUGUGCUGGAGUUACAAAGGUAAAUAAGCCACUGACUCUGGCAAUAAAUUCAGUCGAGUGGGGGAAAGCUCUGUAAACAAAAAAGUAACUUCAAAGAUUUUAAAGAUAAUCUGCUAGAGUUAUGUGAAAUGUUCUGUGAGGACACAAAAGAGGGAGUGUUUAACUGUAGCCUAUGGCCUAAGGGAGAAAUUCAAAGAGGAGGUGACAGGUAAGUUGGAGCUCACCAAAAAAAAUGGGGAUGAUAGAACAGGCUAGAGAAAUCUGGAGAAUGAAAAACACUUGAGUUUGUAAGCCCUUGACUAACUGAUAGCUGAUACCAAAAUAAUGACCAGUCCUACCUUGAUACUUUGAUAGGUACCCAGUUUGUGGAUACCAGUGUCUGUCUCAUGAGCUCAGCCAGUACAUUCACUUGGGGAGACUUCCAGAUUUACCCAAUGGAAAAAUGCAUUUGAAGGAAGUGCAGGGCAAAUACACCUCAGUAGACUGACUAUUUUGCUGAAGGGUUUGACUGUACACCUGUUGCCCAAUGAGGCUGAAGUGUAUCUUUCUCUCCUAUGAAACAUCACAGGAUAAUCCUCUAAGACUUCUUUCAUUAUCUCAUCUACCCACUAGCCCAGUCAACCAUUUAUAAGCCCUAUCUGUAUUUGGGAUCAAAUUUUUAGAAUAGUUUCCAGAAGUCUAACCACAUGUCACUACAUUUGUGUUUAGGAUAAAAUGUAUUCAGGAAGUCUGUUUUUGUUUCUGAUCUGUUUUAUUUGAAGCGCCCAAAUAAGGAGGUCAGGAAGGGAAAGAAAAGGAAAAAAAAUGUCUCUAACUUGCAGGUCUUGUUCUAUUCCUGUAUUGUUUAUUGUAGAUGACUGGGUGUUUCCUAAAGAUCAAAAGAAACCAUCAUUUAAGGGGGAUGAGCCUAGAGCCCUAAAUCAUCUGGUCAGUUAUUGUGUGAUGAUUUCACGGCAGGACUUUUGUCAAUAAAAGUGAGUAAAGUAAGUGCUCACCCAGAGCCCAAGUAAUAGAGUUAGACAGUGGAUGCGCAGUGACUGAUAAAGAUUCAGUAUUUUUUGACUAUACCUGUCUCCUACUUCCUAAACUCUCUAGAUUUCAACAUGUCCCUUUUAAUACACUACAGAGAAUGAAGCAAUAGAGAAAGGAACUUCUGUUUUACGUGGAAGUUUAAAAAAGUAUUGUAUAAGAUUAUUUUUAACUCCAAAGUCUGUGAUUCCAUGUACUGAGUAUUAAUAAAAAUGAACAUCAGCCACAAGGAGAUAGAGUGGAACGAGUCAUGGCCUUGGUGUUAGAAUAUUUGGACUUUACCCAGCUCAAUUAUAACUUGCUCCGAGGUUUCAGGCAAAUCACUUCUCUUCAGUCUCUGAACGUCAACUCUUCAUCUGAUGAGUGAGGAAAUUGAAGCAACUCUCUGAAGUUAAACAUACUAAGAUUUUUAGUGCUAGGGUAUCUAGAGUUUGAUUCCAAGGAAUGGAACUGCUGAGGAAAGACUUCCUGGGAAGGGGCCAUUUAAGAGUGUUCAUGAAAUGAUAGAUGAGACUCACCCCAGGACAAGUUUAACUAGAGAUGAAGGGACAGAGUGGGGGAAUGAUGAGGGUCACGGAAGAGAGAGGUCCUCACUCACCUCAUUCUUAAAAUAUGGAGGUGGGUUAGGUCGAAGAUAAAAAAUAAGUUUCCCUUCAAAUAUCGGUUCUAACAAUUAAUGCCCUGCUGAGGAUUCUGAGCCAUCCCAAGCUUAUGAGAGUGUUCUAAUUGAUUGGCAAUGUCUGUCACGGCCAAGGACAGGGGCAAUGUGGCCUCCCUGUUUGUGUUUGCCAUCCCUUGACCAGAAAAGCCCCAUGAGUUCUGUAGGUUUAAAAUUCUAAGAUGCUAUUUAAUGCUCUAAAGGCUGUAAUGUACUGUGUUUAGUUUUAACAGAGACCACAUUAUCCUCAAACCAAAGUCUCUAUAGAAGAGGAGCCAAGAGUUCUCCCAAGAAGGAUGCCCCUUGAGGCCUUCUUGCUUUUCAUGGCUCCAGAGGAGACUAGAAUCUGGAGACUGGGAUGAUGCUUGGCCACAUUCCAAGAGCAGUGGUGUCGGCUGAUUGAGGAGUGAAGAAAGGAGAGAGAGGAUAUUCACAUUAAUCAAACCCUUACAAUGUGACAGGUAGAGCCACCAUGAUCCCAUCUGGUGCUUUAUGCACAUUAAAAGAAGGCAAGCCUUCCUCUGGGCAGGUGUAGCCCCGUGCCAGGGUACAGAGUUUGGGAAGUAAAACAUAAGCUGGAUCUCAGCCACUGCUGGGUGCCUUAUGGCACAACCCAAAUAGCAGUACAUGGUAACUUUGGUGCCAAGUGCUGUACAGCAAUGGAUACACAUGGUCCUUGCCCUUCAGGCAAGGGGAAAUAGGUAAUUUUUUAAAAAAGAUUUUAUUUAUUUAUUUGAGAGAGAGAGUGAGAGAGCAAGAGAGAGAGUGAGUGAGGGGAGGGGCAGAGUGAGAAGCGGAUUCUCUGCUGACCAGGGAUCCUGACGUGGGGCUCCAUCUCAGGACCCUGAGAUCAUGACCUGAGCUGAAGGCAGAUGCUUAACCAACUGAGCCACCCAGGCGCCCUGGGAAAAUAGGUAAUUACAGUACAUUGUGAUAAAGAAUAAAAUAUAAUAAGAGUAUAAUAAAAGCACCCACCAGGAAAUGUUAAGUAUUAUCUAAAGGAUUGGGGAGGUGGGGAUGGGGAGCAAGGCAGGCUGCAGGGAAAAGGGGAUGCUUAACCUGGAACUUAAAGGAUGGUUAGUGUUUCAGGUAGACCAGGAAAAAACUUCAGUUCAAGCUGGGAGACUCACAGGUACAAUGACACAGAGAUGUGAGAUAGCACGUGAACUCUUGAGUGGCUCCUACCCAGGGUAUGUGAGGAUGAGCAAUGGAAAGUAGAACGUACAGAACGAUGGGCAAGAUCCAGACGUCUGGCAUUUGCCCUUCAAAGGCAGGAAAAGGGGGAGUAAGAUGAUUGUUUGGGAUCUCAUUUAGGAAGCUACUGAAACUGUACAGACAGGAGAUGUUUAGGAGGUGAAAUCAGUUGGCCAGGUGCUGGAUUUAAUGGGAGGCUAAAGAAAAAGGAGGGGGGCACCUGGGUGGCUCAGUCAUUAAGCGUCUGCCUUCAGCUCGGGUCAUGAUCCUAAGGUCCUGGGAUCGAGCCCCGCCUCGGGCUCCCUGCUUAGCGGGGAACCUGCUUCUCUCUCUCGCACUCUCCCUGCUUGUGUUCCCUCUCUUGCUGUGUCUCUGUCUGUCAAAUAAAUAAAAUCUUUAAAAAAAAAAAAAAAGAAAAGAAAAAGGAGGAAUCUAGGGUUUCACCCAGAGUCUCUGGCUUGGGUAGAUAAAAAGAUGGCAGUGCAAUUAUUGUUUCAUUGGUACAGAGUUUCCAUUUUGGAAGAUGGAAAAAAGUUCUGGAGAUGAUGAUGAUGACAGUUGCACAACAAUGUGAAAGGACUUAAUGCCACUGAACUGUACCCUUAAAACUGGUUCCAAUGAUAAAUAUUAUGUUACGUAUAUUUACCACAAUUUCUUUAAAUGAGGAAAAAUGGCAAUGCCAUAAAGAGGAAGAAAUGUAGAGAGGGAGAUAAUGAAUCCCAGCUCAGAAGCUUCAGUGGUGAAUUUCUUCCAAUAACCUCCCAUCAGGUCCUGGAUGCUCCCUAUUCUGGAUAUUUGCUGCACUUUCUUUCUUUUUUUUUUUUUUUAAAGAUUUUAUUUAUUUAUUUGAGACAGAGAGAAUGAGAGAGAGCAAGCACAUGAGAGGGGGGAGGGUCAGAGGGAGAAGCAGACCCCCCGCUGAGCAGGGAGCCCAAUGUGGGACUCGAUCCAGGGACUCCAGGAUCAUGACCUGAGCCGAAGGCAGUCGCUUAACCAACUGAGCCACCCAGGCACCCUGCUGCACUUUCAUAUACGGUUGACCCUUGAACAACACAGCUUUGAAUGUGCAGGUCCACUUAUACAUGGAUUUGUCUUUUAUAAGUACGGUAGAGUAACUGUAAAUGUGUUUUCUUUUCCUUAUGAUUUUCUUAAUAACAUUUUCUUUUCCCUAGCUUCCUUUAUUAUAAGAAUACAGUAUAUAAUAUAUAUAACAU